UCGGAGCUCAAAUCCUGAAUCCAAAUAUUGUUUCUUAUUCUCUGAUUGUCUUUUCUUCUCCCUUGCAUUUCGUUUUCAUUUCCUUUUAGCAUCUACGGCGUUAUCUAUUAUUUUCUUGAUCUUCGGUUGGCUUGCCUUCUUCUGGGUAAUUCAGAGAAGAUUCCAUGGCCGCCGCUACAAUGGCGACCGCCGCCGGAGCGGCCGUGGUGCUGUAUUAUGUCUUGAGUAGGAGGCUUGCGAGGAAGGGGAUUGACGACGAGGAUCCGGAUGGGGAUUUGUCGAAAUCCAGCAGAUCGGUUAGACGGAAGCGCCUUGCGCGUAGGCCAGCUCAAGCUCCGGCGACUUUGUUGGAAUCCAUUGUUACGUUAACUGAAACUUUGAGGUUUACUUAUUCGGAAACUUUGGGCAAGUGGCCCAUCGGCGACUUGGCCUUCGGCAUUAAUUAUUUCAUGCGCAAGCAGGGCAAUUUACCAGUUGCAAGUGUAUAUGCGGGUAAUGAUUGUGUGCAGCUCAGAGGCCCCGAAAUUGUAGCGGAGUUACAUAGUCUCUUGAGGUUGUUGACGCUAUGUAUGCAUUUCUCGAAGAAACCUUUUCCCGUGUUUUUAGAGUCUGCGGGAUUCUCAACGGACGAUGUCCUCCUGCAGAAGCCCAAAGCUGCGCUUUUGAAGCCUGCUUUCACAAUCAUAUGUGAUACAAGAUCAAAAUGUUUCCUUCUAUUAAUUCGAGGUACUCAUAGCAUUAAAGACACAUUGACGGCUGCAACUGGUGCUGUGGUCCCUUUCCAUCACUCAGUUUUGAAUGAUGGUGGCAUAAGCAACUUAGUUUUGGGAUAUGCACAUUGUGGCAUGGUUGCAGCUGCACGAUGGAUUGCGAAGCUCUGCACUCCUUCUCUACUUAAGGCACUUGGCGAAUAUCCUGACUUCAAAUUAAAGAUUGUUGGGCACUCGCUAGGUGGUGGUACUGCAGCAUUGUUAACCUACAUUCUUAGGGAACAAAAGGAGUUCUCCUCAAGCACCUGUGUCACAUUUGCCCCAGCUGCCUGCAUGACAUGGGAGUUAGCAGAAUCAGGGAAGCACUUUAUCACUACAAUUAUAAAUGGUUCUGACUUGGUGCCGACAUUUUCUACUUCUUCUGUUGAUGAUCUACGUUCUGAGGUUACUGCAUCUUCUUGGUCGAAUGAUUUGCGGGAUCAAGUUGAGCACACAAAGGUCCUGAAUGUUGUCUAUCGCUCUGCAACUGCACUUGGAUCCCGUCUCCCAUCAAUAUCUAGUGCAAAAGCCAAGGUAGCUGGUGCAGGUGCCAUUCUUAGGCCAGUAACCAGUGGCACUCAGGUUGUGAUGAAGAGUGCUCAAAGUGUUGCUGAAGCUGUUGUCAGAACUCGCUCAUCAUUGUCAUCAUGGUCUUGCAUGAGUGCACGCCGCCGAAGUGUUGGCCCAUCUCCUAACACUAAAAUGGAGAGUUUAGGUGAAGCCGCUGUAAUAUCUGAGGGAACAACUGAAUCUCUUCUUACUGAAGAGGUGGCGAGAGAUCCUAUCUCAAGUGGACAUGAUUCAUCAAAUGGUGGACAUGAUUCAUCAAAUGGUGGAUUGGACCCCGAUGACAUUGAUGAAGAGGAACAACUCAUUCAUGCAAAUCAAGAUAUCACCACUUCUACCACAGACGACAUUACCGAAGGUGAAUUGUGGUAUGAACUGGAAAAGGAGCUUCAAAAACAGGAUAAUACCCUGAAUAUUCAUGCUCAGGAGGAAGAGGCAGCUGCAGCAAAAGAGAUCACGGAAGAAGAGAUUCAGCUUGCUGAUGCUGCUGAAGGGAGUAACCCAAUUACAACGUCUGACAGUUUGGACAACCACCAUUUUUACCCGCCAGGCAGAAUCAUGCAUAUUGUCUCUGUACCUCCUUCCUCAGAUGAUUCAAAUUCAGCUUCAGAUGAUCCCGUUGAGGAACAUGUCUGCUUAUAUGAAACACCUAGAGAGCUGUACAGCAAGCUCAGACUUUCUAAAACGAUGAUAAAUGAUCAUUAUAUGCCUAUGUAUAAGAAGAUGAUGGAACUACUUAUCCGAGAACUUGAAAAGGAUACAGGUUGUAAUAUUGAUAUGUGAAAAGUAUAGCAGAUGAGCGGAAAAAUUAUAUAAUUGAAUACAAAUAUCAGUUGUCUUAGGCUUCAUU